AUGGCCGUAUUUGUCGACUUGGAUGAGGAGGAGAAUGGAGCCCAAAGGAACGGAGAUCGUCCAUGGAAUGGCCGGGUGGAUGCCGUGAAGCCUCACCCUGCGACGGUGGCCAUCCGAGAUAGCGAAACAGGAGACGUUGUCAACAUCUCUGCAGACGCGGCAAACCAGCGAAGUGGACAUGAGUCGGUUGCAAGAGAGAACCCUAACCAAAACAAAGCUGUAACGCGGGCGCUGGGCUGUUAUCCUAUCAUCAUGGCGGUGGCUUCGUCCAUCGACCUCAACACGCUUGACAAUCUGUCGCGUACCUGCCACCAGAUCCGGCAAAGCUUGCUGCAAUACCGCAAGUCGCUGAUCGGUUCAACACUGCGCUGCUCUUGGGAUCAUUUGCCCGUAGACCCAGAGUCAACGCUUCGUUACCGCGCCCGUGCAGGUAAUUGGUGGUACAUGGAGGACGUCAGCAGAAGUUCAUACAAUGGCAAGUCUGGCCGUUGCGCGAGGGAUCUUGUGUCCGAGUGUCGCCGCUGCGGCACCGUUGUAUGCCGGAAUUGUACCAUUAAGCAACCGGCCCCUGUUGUCCUGCGUGACCGCCAUCGCCGACUUUGCCAGGCAUGUGUAAAUGCCUCGCUAGGAUCUCUCGUCAAGCCUCCUCUUGGGCCAGAGAUACCCGUCAAUUCAGACGACAUGGAAAGGGCAAUCUGCAAGUGUGGUACUGAAGGCGUCUGGCUGUGUCAACCUUGUGGAAGGUCCAUCCGUAGCGACGAUGGCGAUUACAAAAGUAUUUGGAGAUGGCGCCAUCAGUACACAAAUGUACUUGGAGGUCUCGGUACUGGUAUCGGAGAAGGAGACCGCGGUGUCCCGUGCGGGCGCGAGUCAGAAUGCUGCGCAGCCCGCGAGCGUGAACAGGAAACCGAUGGCGAUGCCGAAGAUGCCAAGGGGGCUCAAACCUUCACCGAGUAUCAGCAACAGCAGCAGCAACUCCAGCAGUUACAGCACAUGCACGAGCAGCAAUUAUCUUCGGACAAUCCGCUGAUUCCGAGCACCAUCUCAAAUGGCUCGGUGUCGUCGCCUUUCUCUUCCUUCCCACCAGAGGGAACCUUAACACUCAAUGGUACUGCUCCUCCAUUUAACGGCAGCCACUUACUUGACAAUCGACGCACUCCUAGUCCGGCGUUUAAGCCUGGAUACGAACGGCAUGAAGUUGAAGGCAUUGGCGGAGUUGUGAAGAAGCUAAUAGUGAGGACUGUCAAGGUCGGAGCGUGUGUUCCUGAAUUUCCUGAUGAGAUUAUAAAGGGCGAGAUUUUGGGGCGUGAGGUACGACGAGAGAGGAGGAGCUGGUGUGGAUGGUGUAAGAGGGUUAUUCCGUCCAUGGCCGAUUAUGAAAAUGAUAGGUCCAGGAGAGAGGGAGGAGACAGUUCCAAAGGAGAUCAGCCUAAUGGACAGGGUCUGGAAGGGAGGGGUAAGGGUAAGGAGAAGGCGUCCGCAUCACAAGGCGCUUGA